UUUAGUGAGAGUGAAGGAAAGUUGGGGUUUUUGGGAGAGGUUAUGUGUGAUAAACAACUCUUUGGAGGGGGGCAUUUAUUAAUCAAACUUUUAUCUACAAUUAUUUAGUUUUUGGGGUCAAUGGAACAAUCUGAGAUUGUUUGCUGGGAGAGGUAUGUUCUCUUGUGUUUUGUUGUGGGGAUAACAUGUUUGAUUGAUAAAUUACGUAAAGUGUGGGAGUAGUGGUGGAUAUUACUGAAAAAUGUGCAGUGCAAGUGGUGUCGUGAGGAGCUUCAUUAGUGAGGUUAGGAUCAGUGCAGUGUGAAAAGUGUUUUGUGUUAUUUUUUCAUUGUUGUGAGUUUUGUUGACAAAAUGGAUAAGACCACAACAGCCGAGUGUUUGACCCUCGAUUUUGGACCCUUUGGGACUGUCCAUCGAUGGCAACAGAUGCCCGAUUGUGAUGAGUUCGUUGGAGCUAGACGAAGUAAGCACACAGUGGUAUCGUAUAAAGACGCAAUCUACGUAUUUGGUGGGGACAAUGGAAAGCGCAUGUUAAAUGAUCUUCUCCGUUUCGACGUUAAAGAAAAAUCAUGGGGACGUGCCUUUGCCACUGGCACUCCCCCAGCCCCUCGUUAUCACCAUUCAGCGGUGGUUCACGACAGCUCGAUGUUCGUAUUCGGUGGUUAUACCGGUGACAUUCACUCGAAUUCCAACUUGACCAAUAAAAACGAUCUCUUUGAGUAUCGCUUUCAAAAUGGUCAGUGGACCGAGUGGAAAUUUAUCGGUAAAACACCAGUGGCCCGUUCUGCCCACGGUGCGGCUGUCUACGACAAUAAAUUAUGGAUAUUUGCGGGAUACGAUGGGAAUGCGCGUCUGAAUGACAUGUGGACGAUAUCCCUGUUACCAGGGGAGUUGAGAAUAUGGGAGGAGGUUGUACAAUCUGGUGAUUGUCCUCCAACAUGUUGCAAUUUUCCCGUAGCCGUUGCCCGAGAAUCAAUGUUCGUAUUCAGUGGCCAGAGUGGGGCUAAAAUAACGAACAGUCUCUUUCAAUUUCACUUCAGGGAUAAACGCUGGACACGUAUAUCCACUGAGCACAUAUUGCGUGGUGCACCACCACCACCAGCACGUCGUUAUGGCCACACAAUGGUAUCAUUCCAUCGACAUUUAUAUGUAUUUGGUGGUGCAGCUGAUUCGACACUUCCGAAUGAUCUUCAUUGCUAUGAUUUAGACACACAAACGUGGAACGUUGUCAUUCCGUCUAAUGACAGUGAGAUACCCUCGGGUAGACUCUUUCACGCUGCUGCUGUAAUUGCUGAAGCGAUGUAUAUAUUUGGGGGUACCGUUGACAAUAAUGUACGCUCCGGUGAAACAUACAGAUUUCAAUUUUCUUGCUAUCCAAAGUGCACAUUGCACGAUGAUUUUGGAAGAUUACUGCUGUCGAGGCAAUUUUGCGAUGUUGAAUUUAUCGUUGGUAAGGAUCAGAUGGAGAUGAAAAUACCAGCGCAUAUAGCUAUGGUAGCGGCGAGAUCGCAAUUCUUGAGUGGAAAGAUCAGGCAGGCUAGGGAAAAACGGGCUAAACACCUUGUGGAGGUUUUUGGUACAGUUGACAUACCUCAGAAGGAUAUGCCACUGUUGGAAGUUAAAUUAGAGGAUGCUGUACCGAAGGCUUUUGAGAUGGUACUGAAUUACAUAUAUACUGAUAGAAUUGAUCCAACCAAAGGCGUUGAUGACCCGGAACCUGGUAAUCUCAUUGUCCUUUUGAUGAUGGAUGUCUAUCGAUUGGCAGUUCAAUUUAACAUGAAACGCCUCGAACAGCUGUGUGUUCAUUAUCUCGAGGCGACUAUUAAUCAUGCUAACGUGCUGGAAGCCCUUCACAAUGCCGCACAUCUCGAGCUAUAUUUCAUCAAGGAAUUUUGCCUGAGUUUUGUUGUCAAGGAUAGCAAUUAUAAUCAAAUUGUCAUGAGUCAGGAAUUUGAGACACUUGAUCAGCCGUUGAUGGUGGAGAUAAUAAGGCGAAGGCAGAUGCCACAGACACGUAGUUUUUCGAAACAUUAUGAACUUGGAACGGGAACAACAUUGGAACAGGAUAUGGCGAUAUUUUUGAAGAGCGUUGGAAAGGAAUUUUGCGAUAUUACUUUGAUGCUUGAUGGUGUACCAAUACCAGCUCAUAAGGCUGUACUGGCUGCUAGGUGUAGCUAUUUUGAGGGAAUGUUUAGGUCGUUUAUGCCGGAGCAUAACACCGCUAAUAUACAAAUUGGGGAGAUGAUUCCAUCGUCAGAGUCUUUUGCGUCGUUGAUGAGGUACAUUUAUUAUGCAGACGUUUCGAUGCCACCGGCGGACUCUCUUUACCUGUUUACAGCGCCGGUAUUUUAUGGAUUCACCAAUAAUAGGCUUCAGGCAUUUUGCAAACAAAAUUUGGAAAUGAAUGUGACUUUUGAAAAUAUCAUUCAGAUAUUAGAGGCGGCGGACAGGAUGCAAGCAUGCGAUAUGAAGAAAUACGCUCUCAAUCAUAUCGUUCAUCAUUUUAGUCAGGUCGCUCGACUACCCAGGCUCAAACAAUUGAGCAGGGAGCUGCUGCUCGAUAUUAUUGAGACAUUGGCUGAUGAACAGGGGGAGGCACGCACUUGUCAGGACAUGACUAGCGAUUGCUGACUCGUUUUCGGUCAAUCAUCGUGAUUGCCAGCCUGGGCAUAGGAGUCUGCUGUGAUGGGUGCGAAAGGGGGGUGGGGGGAGGGUUUGUAGGUUAUAAAGAGGUGAAGACUUUUUCGUGAGCAUCGAGUAGAAAUUUUUGGAGAGAUUUUUGUUGGAAAAAUUCUAGAAGUGUCAGAGGAAAGUUAAGGGAAGUCCACUAUUGUUCUCCAGUAUCGCAGGACUUUGCUUAUAAUUUCUUGAAGAAUAUGUUUAGAGCAGUUGUGCUGUGGUGUUGAGGGUACUGAUGAAUUUUAUGGUGAAAGAUCGCUUUAUUUAUUUAUUUAUUUUUUUCAAAAUUAAAAAAUUAGAUCUUGAGGAACUUUUAUGGAAUAUCUUAUAUUUCCAGAAGCUGUACUGGAAUUUUUUAGAGGAAUUUCUCUCCAUAGAGUCUUUGAAAUGGGCUUUCAAGGUGCAAUACUAUUUGGAAUAAUUUUUUAAUGUACGUUGUUUGUGUUUAUUUAUUCAAAAGUAUAUUCGGAAGUUUUUGUACUUUUGUAAUGGGAUAUUUGAGCUCUUAUUUGAACCUCAAGGUCGCCGGAAAAUUCAGUAUUUUAAAAUAUUUAAAAAAUCAGACAACAAUUGGAAAGUUUACUUUCAAUGAAGCUGGACGGAAUCGGGAAUUUCUCAUUUUUACGAGUUUUAUAACUAAUUUAUAAACAAUUAAAUUUUUUUCGGAAACCGAUCAAAGUUAUUUAGAUGCAGAUUAUUUCAAAUAGUAUUUUUCAUGGUGAAACCAUAUAAAUACUUUUCAAUUUGCUACGUUUCAUGGCUCUAAAAGAAAUAACCAUGGAUAUUUGGAUUCGUAAUUUGAAUAUUAUUCUAGCCUUAGCCCUGAUAAUUUUAUAGGGAUAACGAAUGCAGCGAAUUCAUAAAUUGUGAUGUAAAUAAAAGUACUGUCGAUAUAGGAUUACGGCUAGUGGAAACACAAUAUUGUUGAAUACUUAGAGGUAUUAAAUAAUCAAUAGUCGUUCGAUAUUUAAUUAUAAAUAA